AAACAGUACUUACAUUUUCAAAAGGAAUAACAAGUGCCUUGGUUUGAAAUGCCAAUGAGGUCUCUGAGGGUAAGAGAUGCUCUGGUAUACCGUGAACAUGUCGAUGCAAUAAAAUCUGGUUUGGUGUCAAGCAUCUUCACUUGCAAUCAACUCGUUCACCUUUAUUCCAACCAUGGCCUUUUGCACGAGGCUCACAAACUGUUCGAUGAAAUGCCCCAGCCAAAUGUAUUCUCUUGGAAUGCCAUAAUUAUGGCUUACAUAAAAGCACACAACUUGACUCAAGCACGAGCCCUUUUUGACUCUGCCUCUCGCAGAGAUUUAGUUUCCUAUAAUUUAAUGUUGUCAGCUUAUGUUGGUGCUGAUGGGUAUGAGAAUGAAGCACUUGAUUUGUUUACUAGAAUGCAAUCUUCACGUGACACAAUUGGGAUUGAUGACUUCACUCUCACUACCAUGCUUAACCUUACUGCCAAACUACUCGUGGUGUGUUAUGGGAAGCAGAUGCAUUCAUAUAUGGUGAAAACUGCAAAUGAUUUAAGUAAGUUUGCUGUGAGUUCUCUCAUAGACAUGUACUCUAAAUGUGGUUCCUUUUGUGAAGCAUUCGAUGUAUUCAAUGGUUGUGAUGGGAUGAUAGACUUGGUUUCAAAGAAUGCAAUGGUUGCAGCUUGUUGUAGGGAAGGAAAGAUGGACAUGGCUUUAAAUGUAUUUUGGAAAUAUCCUGAAUUAAAUGAUACCGUGUCUUGGAACACAUUGAUUGCAGGAUAUGCCCAAAAUGGCUAUAUGGAGAAAUCACUUACCUUGUUUGUUGAGAUGAUGGAAAAUGGUAUUGAUUUCAGUGAACACGCUAUAUCAAGUGUUUUGAGUGCCUGCUCUGGUCUAAAAUCAUUGAAACUCGGCAAGUCUGUCCAUGCUUGGGUGUUGAAAAAUGGUUACAGUUCAAAUCAAUUUAUUAGCAGUGGCAUUGUCGACUUCUACUCUAAAUGCGGGAAUGUUAGAUAUGCAGAUUCAGUGUAUACAGAAAUUGGGAUUAAAAGCCCAUUUGCAGCUGCUUCCUUGAUUGCAGGCUAUUCAUCUCAAGGCAACAUGACAGAAGCCCAAAGACUUUUUGAUUCACUGUCAGAAAGAAACAUUGUUGUCUGGACAGCUCUAUGUUCAGGUUAUGUCAAAUCACAACAAUGUGAGGCAGUCUUCAAACUUUUCAGGGAGUUUAGAACUAAAGAAGCACUAGUUCCUGAUGCAAUGAUCAUUAUAAGUGUGCUUGGUGCCUGUACCACGCUAGCUGCUCUUUGUUUGGGAAAGCAAAUUCAUGCUUACAUGUGGAGAAUGAAACUUAAGAUGAAUGAAAAAUUGCUGAGUGCUUUGGUUGAUAUGUACUCAAAAUGUGGGAAUAUCACAUAUGCCGAGAAACUCUUCCAACUAGUCACUGAUAGCGAUAGAGAUGCAAUCUUAUAUAAUGUCAUGAUAGCUGGUUAUGCUCAUCAUGGCUUUGAAAAUAAAGCGAUUCAGCUUUUUCAGGAAAUGUUGAAGAAAAGUGUCAAGCCGGAUGCAGUCACUUUUGUUGCGCUUCUAUCAGCUUGUCGACACCGUGGAUUAGUAGAACAAGGAGAGGAAUUUUUUAUUUCCAUGGAAGAAGAUUACAGUGUAUUGCCUGAAAUUUACCACUAUGCGUGUAUGGUUGAUAUGUAUGGAAGGGCUAAUCAACUAGAAACGGCAGUAGAAUUCAUGAGGAAGAUUCCCAUACAGAUAGAUGCUACAAUCUGGGGAGCAUUUCUUAAUGCUUGUCAGAUGAGCAGUAAUACUGCACUUGUCAAACAGGUAGGAGAGAACCUAUUAAAUGUUGAGGUAGAUAACGGGUCUAGAUAUGUGCAAUUGGCGAAUGCCUAUGCUUCCAGAGGGAAAUGGGAUGAGAUGGGACAAAUAAGAAAGAAAAUGAGAGGGAACGAAGCUAAGAAGCUUGCUGGUUGCAGUUGGAUAUAUGUGGAAAAUGGUAUUCAUGUAUUUACUUCUGGUGAUACAUCUCAUUCAAAAGCAGAUAUAAUAUAUUCAACUUUGGCAUGCUUGAACGGAAAAAUGCAUUUAUCUUUCGCAGAAAUGAAGCGACUUUAUGAAAUUUAGGGUGAUGUUGAGGAUAUACUUUGAUGGUCAACUAGCCAAUGCCACUCAAAGUGGAUACCCUGCCAUGUAGAGAUCAUAAGACCACCAUUCAAUACAGCAUGCUUAUAGAUACUAUUGCAUCAAGGAAUUGAGUUUAUACUCAAUCAAAAUUAUAGUACUACUGUGAAAGUUAUUGGCAGACCUUACUUUUUCAUGAAAGCGUGAACGGAAGAGAUGUAUAAGAGUUUUUGACAGACUGAGACUACUUCACCUUUUCACCAACCUAGCCAAUUCAUCAUCCUGCUACUUCACCUUUACACCAAUACCAGAAUAUAUUGGCAAGUGCAGUAAGGUACAACAAAGAACCUUAAGUUGGCAAAAUGACUUAUAAAUCGAUUAUCAGGAUGCAAACUUCUGUGAAGGCAGUUAUUCAAGACAGAAAUGUUGUUGUUUUUCAAGCUACAUGACCAACAGUGUCUCAUAUUUGGUGACAUAUGGAGUAAAGAAGGACUAAGCUCAUUGAUUAUGAAAGUUCAUGGUGAGGUGAUUUUAUCCUUAAGCAUGUCGGUGCUACAGUCGGUGAUUUGAAGCAUGCGGAUGACAAAGUAGGAACAUUUCCUGAAUUCUUAUGCUUUAGUUCGGUUUUCAAGCAUGUGAGGAGCUAGGGCUGUUGUAGCUGGCUGUUGAGUGUUGACUUUCUUGCUUUAUGCCAUUCUUUGGGGACGAAUAACAUGAGUCCAUUAUUCACCUAGGGUAGUUUUGCUGUGCCUUCAUGUUAAGUGUUUCCAAAGGAUUUGCUCGGGUCCUUGGAGAUCCUUGGAGAUACUUUAGAUACAUUUGGCUUGUUAUGUUUAUGGUUAUCUGAAAAUUAAU